AUGUACGCGGAAAUUCCGCCUGAGUGUCAAUUAUCUAUCAGUCAGCCUGAUGAGCAGCCUAGGAGUUGUUGGGCUGCAGUGAAGAGGCCAUUGGCGCUUGAGCUGAGGCUCUGCACUGUAGAUCGAUCCAGCCUGCCGCAGUCUGGAAAACAUACCAGUUGCCCCAAAGCGUCCUUUUACAACAGUAAUGACUUUUACAUAAGCGAAAUCUCAUGGGCUGAGACGCGCAUACACGAGCUGACAUGCAGCGUACCCGACCUGCAGGCUCUCGUUGGGACGGGGCGAGAAUGCUAUGCAGCCACGCCGGGGAAGGACCAGGAUCCUAGGAACGAGAAAGAAUCGAUGCACGUAUUACCCACUCGGGAGAAAGACUCGGCGCAGGUCGUGUGGGAAGGUGAGAACACCUAUGAUCAGAUUGCCAAGACUCUGGCGUGA